AUGGCCUUACAACCAUUCACGAAUGAACAACUGAAUUAUUUCAAGUUUGCUUUCCUCGUGUUAAAUGAAUUUCCCAAAGCAUUACGGCAAACCUUUAAACAGAUGUGGAACAACACCGUUGCGUCACGUCCUGGUUUUCAGCCUUGGGAUGACUCUAAUGCUGUACGUAACUUGUUCUUAAGCACUGAAGGUGGAGCAUCCAAAGUCCCCACACAUCUUUCCUAUGAUGAAUGGGAUUGCACAGUCUUGUUCCAGGCCACCAUCUACGCGCGGUCCUUUGCUUUGCCAGAUAGCAAAGGCCAUCACAGGAUACUCCAUGAUUUGUAUUUGAGGUCCUGUAAAUUACCACGUGGUACUUUCCAUUCCUCUGUGGUUAGCUCGACUGGAGAUGACGCAGAAACCUUUGCACUGGCGGUCGAUCAGCUUCGUUUGUUGAGAAAUUCGCUCUUUCAUUUAAAUAAAUCCGAAUUGGACAAAAUAAAAUACGAUCGAUACGUUCAACUCGCUAAAGAUUCGAUUAAAGCCCUUGGAGUUAAUACUGACCCUAUUGAUGCUGUUGGAGGUUUGACUGAGUCUGACUUUCCCACCGAGAAAGUUCGCAAGUUAGAAGAUGACGUCAAAAAAGAACUUCAAAAAAAAAACGAAUUCCUCGAAGAAGAAGUUAUUGAUGACUUGCAGCUCUUACAGAAAUCUCAAAAGGAAGGUACUGAAGAGCUAAAGAACGCAAUCGAAUCUGAAUCACACAAAGACGAUACCGAGAGCCUGAAAGAGGCAAUCGCUGCUAGUGAAGAAAGGAUGGUUAAGAAGAUUAACGAGUUUAGCCAAGAGAUGAAAGACCUUCUGAGGGAGCCCCAAAGUCUAGGAUUUAAACCACGUUUUUCACGAUUGAAUCUUCCUUCUCACUUUACUGGCCGUGAAAAAGAAUGUGAAGAGAUUAUUGACCACUUGACCUCUGAUUCCACGCAAAUCGUAUCAGUUUGGGGGUCACCAGGGUUUGGAAAGACGUCUACUGCAAUCGCUGUUGGUCACCAGCUUCAAAAGGUCGGUCUACCUGUCUGCUCUAUCUCACUGCGCGGGCUUAAUUCAAAAGUUGAUUUAACGUCAAAGUUACUCAGCCACUUUCGAACUGCUGAAUCGAAAAAUCAGAGUUUGACAGCUGCCGAUGAAAUUGGUUUCAUCUUUGAAAGACUAUCGGAUCCAUGUUUGUUGAUUCUUGAUAAUGCAGAUGACUUGUUUGAAUGUGGCGAGCCAGAUGUGAAAGAGAAGACUGUUAAUUUAAUAAAAGACCUUCUCAAUCGCAGUGAAAAGGUCAAAUUUCUAUUAACCACACGGGAGCCAAUGGCCUAUUUGGAUAUGUCUCUACAGGGACACAAGUCCACCAGAAUAGGAGAACUCGACAAGUUGUCCUCAAUUGCUUUAGUGAAAAAGUUACUUCCACAUGCGAGCUCCUCUGACGCAAUAAAAAUCGUGCACAUGUGCGGGCAGGUUCCCCUAGCCAUAUGGUUGCUAUGUAAGUUGCUCUCUGACGAUUCUGCUCAAUGUAGUGCAGCUCUUGAUGAAUUAAUGCUGUCUAAAAGUAGCCUACUUGAGUCGCUGGACAACCCAGAAUAUACCAGUGAUGCAAGGCUUAAAACCCUGUUUGAAUCGUCUUUCCUGAGACUGUCUUCGCGGGACCAAGAAGCACUGGUGUCUUUGAGUGUUCUUCCAGAAACAUUUGAUCUUGAGAUUGCUACAGCCGUUUUAGGACUAGAGAGAUCCACCGAAACUAAGGAAGUUUUGAGAAGACUACAAGGGAGGGCUCUCAUAGAUAGAUGUUCAAACUCGGACAAAUUCUCCAUUCACAAACUUUUACAAUCCUUUGCAAAAGACAAGGGUGAACGUGAGAUGGGAGAAACAAUUUUGAUUGCGAACACUCGCUUUUUAUUAUUCUACAUUGACUUGGCUGAGAAACUGAAUGAGAUGUUCCUCACAGGACACUCCAUGAAAGCAUUGAUCGAGUUCUUCGACAAUGAAAGAAGCAUUGUAAAAAGUUUGAUGGAUGGUUGUACAAACAACGAGGUAGCGGACAGAGUUUUUCAAGUUUUGGCAAAAGCAGAGUUUUUUCUUGAUACUGCUUAUUGGGACGACGAACCUAAUUUUGACAAGAUUUAUCAAACAGCAAUAGAGGCAGCUAGUCAGCUUGGACGAAGUGUUCUCCACAGACAACUGCUUCAAUCCAAAGCAUUUGGCUAUAUGACUUGGGGAGGAGUUGGGAAAACAAUGCUGUUGCUUUCGGAGGCCAGAAGACUUCAAAGUUUAACCACUACCUCUUGUCCCGAAGAGAGAGGCAAACACUUGUGCUACUCUGGCAUCUAUCAGCUUGUGGUUGGAAAGACGGACGAUGGAGUUGAAAGUUUAGAAGGAGCUAUUUCCCUUCUAAACAAAACUGCUGAGCUCAAAGUUCUGAGACUUAUGAUACUUCAAAUCCUUGCUAUUUUCUAUGGAUGCACAAAAGGCGAUUACGAGUUGUCAGCCAUGUUCUAUGACAGAGCAGUGCAAGAAUGCAAAGAGGCAGAAGACAUGCAUCUAUUAGUAAUUCCGGAUAAUAACGGAGAAGCAAAUUAUAGGGAUGAACACAGAGUACCCUCAAGUACAGAAAAUCUUGGAAACGAACCCAUUGAAAUUGGAGUGAUCUAUCUUGUGGUCAGCGCAAUUAAAAAAAUAUGUUCAACUGAAAUUACAGAUUUUUCGAUCAAGCUAUUGCUCAGAAUACUUCAAGGCAUCGAUUCAACCAAUGAAAUGACGAAACCUGGAUGGUUUAGAUUUCAAGCAAUUGCAAUUACUAUGCUGAGUACGUUUCAUAGGUAUCAGGAAGGUUUAUCACUAACUCAGAAGCUAAUAACCUACUACCUAAAUUCACUGCAGAAGGGGACGACAGGCGAAGAAAACUUUACCUCUAGUCUACAAAAAGAAGCUCUAGCAGAGUGGUAUUUGCUACAAGGGAAAAAUCAACAUUGCCUACGUCACUUCUCAGAAGCUUUCACCUCAAAACAGCAUGCCCUUACCAUCAUCUUAGAACUCUUCGGUGAAAAACAUAUAAAGACUGCCGAUGUAUACUCAGAAUUAGGGUUUACAAAACACGAACUAGGAGAUUAUAAUUCAGCUGCGGAGUCUUACAGGCUUGCACUCGACAUCAGAAUUCAAUUACUUGGGGAAAAACAUCGGAGGAUCGCUGACAGCUACAAUGACCUGGGGAUUACCGAACAUGCACUAAGAGAUUACACCUCAGCCGCAAAGUCCCACAAACGUGCACUUAACAUAAGACAAAAGAAGCGAGCACUAAACAUCAGACAAAAGGUAUUGGGUGAAGAUCAUGAGAAAACCGCUGACAGCUACUUUUACCUGGGGAAUACCCAAUAUGUGCUUAAGGAUUACACCUCAGCCACUGAGUCACACAAGCGAGCACUAAACAUCAGACAAAAGGUAUUGGGUGAAGAUCAUGAGAACACCGCUGACAGCUACAAUCAGCUGGGGGUUACCCAAUAUGUGCUUAAGGAUUACACCUCAGCCACUGAGUCACACAAGCGAGCACUAAACAUCAGACAAAAGGUAUUGGGUGAAGAUCAUGAGAAAACCGCUCACAGCUACAAUGAGCUGGGGAUUACCCAAUAUGUGCUUAAGGAUUACACCUCAGCCACUGAGUCAUUCAAGCGAGCGCUAAACAUCAGACAAAAGGUAUUGGGUGAAGAUCAUGAGAAAACCGCUCACAGCUACUGCAACUUGGGGGUUACCCAAUAUAUGCUUAAGGAUUACACCUCAGCCACUGAGUCACACAAGCGAGCACUAAACAUCAGACAAAAGGUAUUGGGUGAAGAUCAUGAGAAAACCGCUCACAGCUAUCAUUAG